AUGCACCUAGAGAACAAAGACAUCAGGCUGGCCUCAGCCAUGCUGGAGGUAGAGCUACACCAGACAUCUGCUUUGUCGGGCCCAACUUGCUCAAACCCAGGACAGCCGCUGACAAUCAAACCCACUACCAGAAACCACAAGAUCGGCCAAGCAGACCCCUGGAUCCCCUACCCUGGCCAGGCUGCUGGGAGGAGCCUCCACCUUCCUGAACAUGCAGAAUUUGGCUCAUUCCUCAUGAAGGGGAGGCCUCAUUCGCCUUUGUCUCAGUUCAGCUCCAGCUCAAAAGACCUUUGUUUUAAGGAAGACACUCCUCUGCUCUGGAACUCCUCACAGAAGAAGAGGUCACCGUUCAUGAGUGUUCAUCACCCAGAGUUCAUAGCUACUGAAGAUUCUUGGGAAAAUGGCCUUACUGCCUGGGAGCAAAACUGCAUGCUGGGUAAAGAGGUUGCAGAUUUGUCUGCAUUGGCCUCCUCAGAGAAAGGGGAUCUUGCAGGCAGUGUCCACCUCAGAGUCCAGGUCUCCAGGCUUGGGUGCUGUGUGCGGUGGAUGAAGAUCUCAGGGUUGUUUGUCUUUGUGGUGGUGUGCUCUAUUUUAUUCAGCCUGUAUCCAGAUCAAGGAAAGUUUUGGCAGCUGUUGGCUGUGUCACCACUGGAAAACUACUCUGUGAACCUCAGUGGCCACGUGGACUCCACAAUGCUUCAGCUGGACCUGGCAGGUGCCCUAAUGACUGGUGGACCAAGUGGUUCAGGAAAAGAAGAGCAUGUCGUGGUGAUGGUGACCCAGACUGACCCAACGGGCAGCAGGCGGCGGCGACAGCAGGUCACUCACAAUUGGACUGUCCUUUUAAAUCCAAGGAGCGAGCAUGUGGUGGUGAGCAGAAACUUUGAGAUAGUGAGCAGGGAGACUGUUUCCAUCAGCGUCCACGCUUCCCUCCAACAGACCCACCUUGUUCCUCUCUUGCUGGCCCAUCAGUUCCUUGGGGCAAGUGUUGAAGCACAAGUGACGAUUGCAGUGGCCAUCCUCACGGGGGUUUAUACUCUGAUCAUAUUUGAGAUUGUUCACAGAACCCUGGCCGCCAUGUUGGGAGCUCUUGCAGCAUUAGCAGCAUUGGCUGUGGUUGGAGAUAGACCCAGCCUGACUCAAGUGGUGGAGUGGAUUGAUUUUGAGACUCUGGCCCUGCUGUUUGGCAUGAUGAUCUUAGUAGCCAUAUUUUCAGAAACGGGAUUUUUUGAUUACUGUGCUGUAAAGGCAUACCAGCUUUCUCGAGGAAGAGUGUGGCCCAUGAUCAUCAUGCUUUGUCUCAUUGCUUCCAUCCUUUCGGCCUUCUUAGACAAUGUCACCACGAUGCUCCUUUUCACCCCUGUCACCAUAAGGUUAUGUGAGGUUCUCAAUCUUGAUCCACGACAAGUCCUGAUUGCAGAAGUGAUCUUCACAAACAUUGGAGGAGCUGCCACUGCCAUUGGGGAUCCCCCAAAUGUUAUCAUUGUUUCCAACCAGGAGUUAAGAAAAAUGGGCCUGGACUUCGCUGGUUUCACAGCACACAUGUUUCUUGGAAUUUGCCUUGUUCUCCUGGUUUCCUUUCCACUUCUCAGACUCCUGUACUGGAACAAAAAGCUUUAUAAUAAGGAGCCCAGUGAGAUUGUCGAGCUGAAGCACGAGAUUCAGGUCUGGCGCUUGACUGCACAGCGCAUCAGUCCAGCCAGCCGUGAGGAGACAGCUGUGCGUGGCCUGCUGCUGGAGAAAGUGCUGGCCUUGGAGCAUCUGCUGGCCCAAAGGUUACAUACUUUCCACAGGCAAAUUUCCCAGGAAGAUAAAAAUUGGGAGACCAAUAUCCAAGAGCUACAAAGAAAGCACAGGAUAUCAAACAGAAGUCUGCUUGUCAAGUGCCUGAUGGUGUUAGGAUUUGUCAUCUCCAUGUUCUUUCUCAACUCCUUUGUCCCUGGUGUUCAUCUUGAUCUUGGAUGGAUUGCUAUUCUGGGUGCCAUCUGGCUGCUAAUUUUAGCUGAUAUUCACGACUUUGAGAUCAUUCUACACAGAGUAGAAUGGGCAACUCUCCUCUUCUUUGCGGCUCUCUUUGUGCUGAUGGAGGCAUUGACACAUCUUCACUUAGUAGAGUAUGUUGGAGAACAGACUGCCUUGCUAAUAAAGAUGGUCCCAGAAGAUCAGCGCUUCGCAGCUGCCAUUGUGCUAAUAGUGUGGGUCUCAGCCUUGGCUUCGUCCUUGAUUGACAACAUCCCAUUUACUGCCACAAUGAUCCCUGUACUCCUGAACCUGAGCCAAGACCCUGACAUUAGUUUGCCUGCCCUGCCACUCAUGUAUGCCCUGGCCCUUGGUGCCUGCCUGGGAGGUAACGGGACACUGAUUGGUGCAUCCGCAAAUGUUGUCUGUGCAGGAAUUGCGGAGCAGCACGGGUAUGGAUUCUCUUUCAUGGAAUUUUUCAGGUUGGGAUUCCCUAUGAUGCUCAUGUCCUGCACCAUUGGGAUGUGCUAUCUUCUGAUCACUCAUGUUGUGGUGGGAUGGAAUUAA